CAUUCACAGGGAAAAUAUACAAAUUUGAAGAGCAUAUCAAUAAUGAGUACCUGAAGGAACAGAAUUAGAGUGGUUGCAUUUGAAAAGACGAUAAAGGACUGAAUGCAAGAAUAGCAACACAGCUUCCCCGAAUCCAGACUCAUUUCAACACCAACAAACGAUCUUGAUUUCUCUCUUAUCCUUUGCCCUAGAGUAUCAUACUAUUCUUGUGUAUGCAUAUAGUGUGUGUGUGAGAGAGAGAGAGAGAGAGGGGUGGGAACAGUUACGUCGUCGUUUCGUGUGUUCACGGUUCUUCCCCCCUCAUACUGUGAAGAAGAGAGAAAAGGGUGAAAAAAAUACUGUAGAGAAACCGACACCCAGACUCGAUCAACACCAAGAAACAGACGAUCCGGACCGGCGGAAUUUCAGGAUGGAAUAUCAUUUGGACGACGUCGUUAGACAGAUCCCAGGUAAAGUUACGUCGAACUGUAACUUUGCCAGCUUCACUUUGGUAUUAAAUUUACUAGAUGAUGAACACGCGGACAUAUUACGUCGAUCGUGCUUAUGGCCAUUGUAUUCAUUGCGCGACGUACAAUUUUCUGGGCAGCUGCUCGAUGCCCUACUAUGUCGACUGCUGAAGCCAGUUGACGGAGAUGCCAUCCAUUUUAAUUUUGGAGGCAAGGUAGCGACAUUCUCCAUAUUCGAGUUUGCCCUCGUCACUGGAUUGCGAUGUACAGACAAAGAAGCGGGGAGGGCCCGUAUUCCAAGGAAUAGGAGGCUGUUGAAUGAAUAUUUUCAUGGACGGACAACAGUUACUCUAGCACUGUUGAGAGACGCAUUUAGGGAAUGCGAUCAGAUGUCUGAUAAGUUGAAGCUAGGCUUGGUGCUUAUCCUCGAGAGCGUACUCAGAUGUUAUCACAAGAAAACAUCGAUUGACAUUUUUCAUUUGGAGGUUGUUGAUGAUAUUGAUACCUUCAAUAACUAUCCAUGGGGACGGAGAUGUUUCGUAGAUACAUUACGCGUCUUCAGGAGGGGAUUUUCGAUGCCUAAUAGGGCUAGGCCCGAGCGCAAGUACGAUGCAUAUGGACUACCGUUGGCGUUGCAGAUAUGGGUGUACGAGACUAUUCCCAUCUUGGCUAGUCGAUAUGCAAGGAGAGGGGAGACACGCUGCCCUCGAAUGCAUCACUGGCGAGCACAAGACAAGCCGCUUGCCAAACAGUUAUCAGCUCUUCUCGACGAUCCUGAGCUUGAAGUCCUUACUGAGUUGGCACCGUCGAUCGAGGAGAAGAGUCAGAGUUAUAUUCGCGAACUGUUUGUUUCGAUUGCUCCUGACGAUCAGAUGCCCGAGUCCAGUGUGGUUCGAGAUCGGGAGGGUCAUCCAGUAUCACCUCCGUUAAAGAGAUCACGUCCGACGAGGAUAUCGCCUCCGUCGAGAAGAUCAUGUCCGGUUGCGCCAAAUGUUCAGAUGCCUGAGUCGCGUGUGGAUCGAGAUAGAGAGGGUCGUCCAGUAUCACCUUCUGCACCUAUUCGUCGUGCUUCGACAGAUGAUUUGUUCGAACUCCUGACGGAGAUGAGAGGCAACAUGGCGGAGUUACGAGAUGAUGUCGCGAUGCUACGAGCUGGGUUAGAAAACCUUCAUGCUGAGGUUACAGCGAUACGAGACGACAUAACAUGCUUGCGACGGACUGGUGGUUAUCGAGAUAGAGAGUAUGACGGAGGUGUUGGCGGUUCUCGGGAUGGAGGGGGUGAUGGAGGCGGUGGAGGGUGUGGCCUCGAUAGAGAUGCGGGAAAUGGUACAGGAGUCGGAGGGAGGUGUCGGAGGGGGUACAGACAGAGUAGAGGAGUACAGAGGGGGUGGCUGUGGAGGGGACGGAGGAGGUGGCCCCGAUGGUGGAGGAGGUAGGGGUGAAAGGGGUGGAAAAAGUGGUCCCGAUGGCCGAGGAGGUGGAGGUCCCUGAGACGGAGGAGGAGAGGACGCGUGUUGUUGACGUGUCGGAGCAGGUGGUUGACAAGAAGUCGAGGAUGACAUCACAGUACGUCGUUUCUCCAUUUACCAAGGAGGCAAAGAGUAGGAGAUUCAUCGACAAGACGCACCCAAUUUAUUCAGGGAGGUGGACUACGCCAAGUGGAAAGCUUUCGAGAUAGUGUGGAGAACAAUUAGGCCCGGUGCCAACCUCACGAUUGCUCAAAAGACGAUCUCGAACGCUUACAAGUAGUUUCACGACAUCACCACUUCGGGACUUAGUUCGUCGACGAUCGCAUUGACUUGCCAUGGAUUUGCUACGAGAUCGAGUUGAAAGACGUCCAAAACUGUUCAACAUUCCUGGCUGACUCAUAUUGAACACCGAGUUCAUUUGUGUUGUUGACAUUAAGUACCAGUCGCUCCAAGCUAUAGAUAACGAAUACAUGGUGUCUGUAUAUAUCGUAGGGAUGUGGUCGAGUGUCGGGAGAAAGCCAUGGGAGGGUUGUACACAUCUGUACAUGUCAGUGUGUGUGAAUCAUCAUUACAUUGCAGUGGAGAUCGUAUUCGCCGACUCGACUAUGUAUGUUUACGACCUCGAUCAUUCAUGCCUGACACAAGAUCAGCUCAAGCAAAAUCUAAAGUCGGUGUCUGUGUUUGUUCUCAUAAUGGCUAGACGAGCGAACAUCACUGUGUAGGACAGACUGACCACCGUGCGGGACAUGACGACGACGUGACAGCAAAUAUCGUAAGCGUUUGUAAUUUUAUUUUUUUAAUUUAAAACUUAGGUUCUAACUA